AGGCCCAGAUUUGGUGCUCGUAUUGUUUUGACCUCUGAAACCGCAUCACCGCCUACCUCGUGCCCAUGGCGGAGGAAAGCUAUAAAUAUAGGCGCAUGACAGCCGACUGGGACGAAGUUGUAAAACUCCCAGGUAGAAGGGAAACAUUCUGCAAGCCUGCUGAAAGGGGGAAACGCCAAAAAAACUAAAAAUCUAAACUAAAGCAAAAUAAAUAACGAUAACCUAUCGACGUCUACACGUACUGGAACACUUUUUUAUGUUAAUAUUAUACUAUAUGUGAAGAAAGUAUUUAUAUCUAUCCUACACUUCUAUUUGCACUAACGGUACUUCAACUACUGAGAAUCUUUAUUUUGUACGAAAAAGAAAAAACAAGGCUCAACCUGUGGAAGAACGCCUCUUGCGACUAGCACUUUAGUUUUUAGAUCAGUUCCACAAAGCUCUAGUUCCUUUUGCCUGGUGUUGACCCAACCAUCACACCCUACCCUGCCUGGGAAGCACCUACGCCACCCACCACAGAUACGUAAAGCAACUCAACAGGACGCAGCUGCCGACACCUCUUCUCGCACCCGGAGCAGUUCAGCAGCCAGCUAUGCAGCUUGAAAUCCAAGUAGCCCUCAACUUCGUCAUCUCCUACCUUUACAACAAGCUGCCACGGCGACGGGUCAACAUCUUCGGCGAGGAGCUUGAGAGGCAGCUCAAAGGGAAGUAUGAGGGCCACUGGUACCCAGACAAGCCAUACAAGGGCUCUGGAUUCAGGUGCAUCCACGUAGGGGAGAAGGUGGACCCGGUGGUAGAGAAGGCAGCCAAAGAGAGUGGCCUGGACAUUGAGGAUGUGCGCCACAAUCUGCCUCAGGACCUCAGUGUGUGGAUCGACCCCUUCGAGGUAUCCUACCAGAUCGGGGAGAAGGGGCCCGUCAAGGUGCUGUACGUGGACGACAGCAAUGAGAGCAGCCCCAGUGGGCUGGAGCUGGACAAGGAGAUCAAGAACAGUUUCAACCCUGAGGCCCAGGUCUUCAUGCCCAUCAGUGAGCCUGUGGUGGGCCCCUCUCCGACUUCCAGCUCUCCUUCGCCUCCCUUCGGCCACUCGGCUGCUGUCAGCCCCACCUUCAUGCCACGCUCCAACCAGCCUUUAACCUUCACCACCGCCACCUUCGCCGCCACCAAAUUCGGCUCCACCAAAAUGAAGAGCAGCAGCCGCAACAACCAGAACGGCAACGGUGGCCAAGGCGGACAGGGUCAGAAGGUGUCCCGCACCUCGCCCACCAACCUGGGCCUGAAUGUGAACACGCUGCUGAAGCAGAAAGCCAUCUCCACCUCCAUGCACUCUCUGUACGGUUUGGGCCUGGGCCAGCAGCAGCAGGCCUCAGCCCUCAGCCCCAACGCCAAGGAGUUUGUUUUCCCCAACCUCCAGGGCCAGGGGAGCCCGAGUGCCCUAUUCCCCGGCGACAGCUCCCUCAGCCUCAGCCCGCUGCAGUACAGCAAUGCCUUCGACGUGUUUGCGGCCUACGGAGGUCUCAACGACAAGUCCCUAAUGGACGGCUUGAAUUUCAGCUUGAACAACAUGCAGUAUUCGAACCAGCAAUUCCAGCCAGUGAUGGCCAAUUAGUACACAAAGAUACUACAGUACUAGUACACAGAAAUGACCAGAGAUAUGUGAUAUGGGGGGAAAAAAGACUAAACGCACAUCAAAAAAUACAAUAGGAAACAGAAUUUCCAGGAAAAAUUGAAAGUGACUUGUUGUCAACUGUAAGAUUUGUGUACAAGUCCAAGCGCAUGAGCCUGAGGGUGAAAGGACUUUGCCCCCUUGAGUUAUCUUUUUUUUACGAUGAAGCUUGUAGUACAAGAUGUCCAAGCUUGGUUACCUUAACUUCGACAUGCAUCAUUAUUUCUUUUGCCAACCAAGCACAGAAAUUAUUUUUUACGUGACUGUUUUAAAGAUAAAGAAGAAAACAAUACAAGUCAUGGCCUCUUUCAGUAUUUAAGACAUAACUGGACAUGCCAAUUUUCCAAGGAUUGGCAUUAAUAAGUGGGAUUUCCUGGUCUUUUUUCUAAUUGUAUAAUUUAAUUUAGUACAGAGUUUGUAAAAUAUCAGAGUAUAUAUUGUUUCUACGACAUGGUACUGCAUUUAUAUCUUUUUACUACUACAGUGAUCCGUGAUGGCUGCAGCGACUUUAUGUUCUUUUUUUAAAUUGAAAUUGUGAAAUGAAUCCCUCUAAAAAACAUUGACAAUUCUAAAGAUUGUGUACAGAAUAUUCCGUAGUGGGAUUUAAGAAUAUUUGCUUUUUUGAAAAACAAGAGUUGUAUUUUCUGUUAAGAGUUUAAAGAUUUUUGCUAUAUUAUGGACAAAAUGUAAUCGUAUAUUAAUUUUGUACCUACAUUGUGCAAUACUUGAUAAAACAAACGGUAUAACAAAGUAUUUGGAGUCAGUGUCUUACAUGUUAAGCGGAACUGAUCAUUUAAUAAGUUUGUAUUAAAAAGCUUGAAAAU